AUUCGGUAUCCCCUCCUCCCCUCAAGACGCAGAUAUAUACUGCAAAGGUGCAGAGCAAAGCAACAAUGGAAGUUAUCGAACACUUCGAGCGUCAGGCAUGUGGUUGUGGGAGAGAGAAGGCUUGACUUUGGAGAAUUUGAGGAAACCCUAACCUUCCAAGUUUAAACAGAGUAUUCGGGACGAAACUGUAAAUGCAUUGGAUUUAGAAGCGCUUAGACUUCGAAGAACAACAAAAACCAGUAAAGGCCGUUUCUUCUUCUGUAUUGUCUGUGGUUUCUCUCCCGUCCCGUGAUGACGCGUUCUAUGGCGAUGGCUUCUUCCACUUUCUCAUCUAUUUGCUUCACUUAUUCAUAUCUCAUGGAACAUCAUCACUUACUUCUAACCCCCAUGUUCAUUGCCCUCUCCCUUGUCUCUCUUUGCGUGUUCUCCCUUUUUAUGUUUAAAAGAUUGAAGAGAACAGAAGAAGAAGAGGAAGAAGAAGAAGAAGCAACGGCGGCAGCUGAAGUAUCGGCUCAAAACCCUCACUCCAUCAUCACAUACUCUCCACCGAACACCACCGAUAAAGCCCAUCAGACUCAUCCGCUAAUUUUAGAGAUCCUCUCAUCCGAUCCCUCCAAAUGGGACUCUUUCCUUCCUUCUCAUUUGUCCCUCAAUGAUACCGGGAAAAUCGGUGUUAGCCAGCUUUCUGAUGUGCCCAAGCUUGAUAACGAUGGUGGCGAUUCUAUCGCCCAGGAUUUGAUGAAAACUGGGGACCAGAGGGGGAAGAAGAAGAAGAAGAGGGCCAAAAAGAAGCACCAGAAUUCCCCGGCGGACAACGGUGCCGAAGAUGGGCGUCUUCAGAGUAAAAUAUCUAUUGCACAAGACAAGAAUGAUUUGGAUUGUUUAUAUCCCUUCACCUCCUUGUCCAGUGUAACGCAGAGGAAGAUCAAACAGCAGUAUGAUCAACUUGUUAAGGCCCAUGAUUCACAGUCCUUAACACUGGCUCAGGUUUAUCACUUUGCUAAUUGCUUGAUUGAAGCCAGGAACGAGUUACAGCACAAGUCUGAGAUCAUUCAACGGAAAUUUACAAUAACAAAGGCUCUACUAUUCAAGGCCGACAGGUCUUCAUUUGAUCGUCUUUGUCAGCAGGUAUACAAGUUAGAGGCAGAGCAAAAGAGAUUAGAGGAGGAUGCAGUCGUCUAUAAUCGGCUCCAAUUACAGCUUAAGCUCUCACCGGCCUUCAAGAAAAUGCUUGAAAUUAGUUCCCGCAUGGAGUUGAAGGCUGCAGCCGAUCAGCUGGUAGAAAGUAGAGACACAGAAUUUGCUGAUAUCUCAUUUGAGGAGUUGCUAGCACAAGAAAAGAAGGAUGCAUUCUGGCACAGAAAUGGAAAGCUGAGGUCAUGCACAAGUUAGUGGCCCUGUUCAUUUGGCUGACUGAUGCUGCCAUAUACCCUGGUUCUUCUUGUUGAGCAGUAUGUACAUCUGACACUCAAAGAUUUGCACUAAAGAGAAGAUUUUUUAGCUGCAUUCCUCUGUUAGGUCUCCCCCAUACUGGGGAGGAGGGGUAGGACUUACCCGUUCUAUUUUAUUCUUUGUCUACUCAAAGCUAAUCCUCUGUAACUGCCAAGAUUUUUCAUUUCGGAGAAAAGAACAGUUCACUCCAAUAAUCUGAUAACACUUAUCAUUUUGUACAGAAAUCUGACCCCAUUGCUAAUAAUUGAGAACUAAAAUACAUUCUAACA